CAUAAUUUGACAAAUUUGACAAUUUGAUCAUGUUGGGAAAAAUUUCAGUGUAUUACGAAAUCAUAGAAAAUUAGAAAUAGAAGUUUUAAGUGUUACAAAUAAGUUUGCCGUCACGUAGUCUAUUCCACGGCGGCCCAUGAUGUUGACCUAUUUAUUAAUAAUAGUAAACGUUAGAUGACUAUAUCAGAAUCUAACCAACACCGCGUCUAUCUAGACAAUCAAUAUGGCACAGAUAAAAAUGUCCCACAGUUUGAACCGUGACGUCACGGAUCUGCUGAUGGGUGGAACUUCAGCUAUGUUCGCCUCGUUGUUCACGAACCCUAUAGAAGUGGUGAAGACCAGGCUGCAGUUGCAGGGGGAACUGAAGGCGAGGGGCAAACACGCCGUGUUUUAUAAAAAUGUGCCCCAUGCCAUAUUUGUUGUCGGUAAAAACGAGGGACUGGGCGCCUUACAACGUGGGUUAACGGCUAUGCUCGGGUUUCAAUUCUUUUUGAACAUAUUCAGAUUAGGCUCCUUCCGAAUGGCAGAAAGAAGAGGUAUCCUCAGAGAUGCCAGUGGAGCUACAUCAUUGCUCAGAGGUGCAGGAGUCGCGGGUGUUGGCGGUGCCCUCGGCUCCAUAGCUGGUACUCCGUUUUACCUGGUGAAGACCAGGCUACAGGCUCAGGCAGCCAAGGCUAUAGCAGUAGGACAUCAGCAUAAAGUCAGCAGCACUAGUGGCGCCCUCUAUGAAAUAUUUAAGAACGAAGGGUUUAAAGGUUUAUUCCGAGGAGUGGGUCCACAAAUACCUCGCGGCAUGGCGGGCAGCGCGUCCCAGAUCCUAAGCUUCACAUACGCUAAGGAGUGGCUGCGGGCACACAACUGGUUCGUCCAGUACCCGCUGAUGCUGUCAUUCUUCGGAGCCAACCUCGGAGGAAUCGUUAUGACGCUCUGUUUAAACCCAUUCGAUGUCAUCGCCACCAGGCUGUGUAAUCAACCGGUAGAUGCGAACAACAAAGGUACCUUAUACAAAGGUAUGAUUGACUGCGGCUUUAAGAUGAUCAGGCACGAAGGUCCGCGGUCGCUGUACAAGGGCGUCACGGCCAACUAUAUAAGGCUAGGUCCUCACACAGUCAUCCUGCUAGUCUGCUGGGACAAACUCAAGGAGAUCGAUGACUACCUACGUAGGUGACACGACCCUUAAAUACAUUUUGGGAUUAAGUAGGUCAUAUAGGAGAGUUGAUGUGUCACGCUAUAAAAUUUUGUAACACUUUUCAACCAUUGUCUGCAAAUAGUAAAUAAGUAGGCAUGAUGAAGAUGUCAAAAAUAUAUUGUUACCACUAAGAAAUCUAUUAGAUUGUCAUCGAUGUCUCAUUAAUUGGUGUUAUUAAAGGUGUAGUUUUAAUAUCAUGACGCCACAAUUUAGUACUCUCAUACAAAGUGCAUAAUGUUUUUGACGUUUAAUAAAAAGUAUUCACUUUCAUUAGUUGUCAUCUCUAUUAAAUUCCUCUGUUGUUAGCAACACUCGCGAUGCCUGUGGUGUUGCCAACUGUACUUAAGCUGUGGUGACCGUGCAUUAUCGGACGGGCCGUAAGCUUUGUAGCUACCAUAAGUACCUAAUACAGAAAAUAAAAUUGUAUAACUGAACAAAAUGACAUCGUACUUAUAACUAAUUUGAUCAAUUUUUAGCUUAUUUUUGGCAUAUUUUGAUUGUUGUCUCAUUUUAAGCGAUAUUUUUGAAAAAUCAUGUUUAUAUAGUAAUCUGUAGUAUUUGUACAAAGUAGUAUAAUAAUAAAAGAAGUGUCUAUUCAUAAUAUUUAUGCUUUAACUUUUACCCUCUUUACCUUUGAAAGGCGCGUGAUAAUUUCUAGCUUCAUUGUAUAAUUUAAUGGCUAAUGAUUUAAGCAUAUAUUUUACUAUUCAUAUUAUGACAAUAAAUCGUUUUACUAAAAUAA